CUAAGGAAGACUGUCAAGAUAGUUGUUGCUAAAGCUACUAAACCCUUUAUCCGACAAACCAACAACGAAAAAUAAUAAGAGUUUGAAUCUUAGCUUGACGACUGAAUCUUCCGCCAUAACAGUUAACAUUUACAACUUUAAAGUUUGUUUUUCUUCCUAAAUUGGUAAUUUUAUGUUUCUGCAUGUCACAAACGAAGACGGAAGUUGGCUACAGGCACUACUCUCGCGUCGCUUGAGCCGUCUCCGAUUCUCCGUGUUUUGAGGCUGCAGGAAUGGUCGUGCUAAGAGGAAUCCCCUCUGUUUUAUCACCUGAACUUCUGUAUGCUCUCGCUAAAAUGGGCCACGGGGAUGAACUGGUGCUUGCUGAUGCUAAUUUCCCAGCAUCUUCUAUUUGUGCAUGUGGCCCAAAGGAGAUAAGGGCUGAUGGGUUGGGGAUCCCACGGCUUAUGGAGGCUGUUUUGAAGCUUUUGCCCCUGGACACCUAUGUCCCCUCUCCGGCUGCAGUUAUGGAUCUAGUAGAUAGUGACAAGCAGAGAGGUUUAGCUGUGCCUGUGUGGGACACCUACGAACAGCUCUUGAGCCAGGCAGGCUCUCAGGUUUCUCUUGAGAAGGUGGAAAGGUUUGCUUUCUAUGAACGAGCCAAGAAGGCCUACGCUGUUGUGGCAACAGGGGAGACAGCUCUGUAUGGUAACCUGAUACUGAAGAAGGGGGUCAUCCCUGCUGAGCAGCUACAGUGACACGCACACACACAUUUUGAAC